GUGCCACACCUUCACUGGCUCUCUGGGGAAAGGCGACAGUUCCGUCAGGUUUGCCGAGUCCUGCCAACCAUCGUCUUGGUGUCUCUCGAGUUCUUCAGUGCCGUCGUCUUAGCCGCACUCGGCAGUUCCCUUCAUCAGACUGCGUCCCGGGUCUUCAGUCCUGGGUCCUCAAUCCGCUCUUUUCCAACUGCUAAGUUCAGCCUUCCUUGAACCUCGAACCCUCCCUCGUCGAGUCCGUCAGACUGAACGGGUCAUCGCACCGCAACCUCAGUUAGAGAUCCUGGUCAACCGGGUGGCAAGCAGAAAAAGGCGGCCCCUACCUCCCUACCUCCCUCUUCCCGACCCUCCUCCAGCCCCUCAGAGAGUCCUUGCAGCCGCACUCAGGCCAUGUUGCCGCCGUCAAACUCUAUCGGGCUGACAUGGGGUCCGUGCAAGCGCCUCCGCACUGCAUCCCUUCCUUGGCUUGCCCGAUCCUGUCUCUGUAAAAGCAAUCCGAAGCUGCCACAAUUGGGCUGGUUGUUUCAGAUCAAGGAUCCAACAAAUCAAAGUCUUGCUCAAGAUGCCACAACUCGACAUGCCCAGAUGGUUCAGAGAUUAGCGCCGAGUAGGCACCUCACUCUCUCAGGAGGAACCGAUAGACGAAGGUGAUCCGUCUAUCCGCGAGUGAUGGUUCGCUCGAUCGAAGGAGUUCCACUUAUUCGACCAUUGGGUGCUGCUCCAGGUAGGUACCCCAGCUUUGCGACGCUCCUCAAUUCGAAAGGCAUACAGAACAGAUCUAUAUCAGUAUGCCCAUGGUCCGCUCGGCCUCGACUGCUCCUUCCAACCUUUGCUCCUCCCAGAUUCCGCUCACAGCUGCUCCUUGCAAUCUCUCUCUCUCAGCUUCGUCCUCUGUUUCUUUGCCUGUCCACCGCGAACUCUCAUCGACCUGCUCCCGUCUUUCUGCUUCGUCACUCUCAAUCUCUCUCCCCAUCUCUCUUGUGCUCUUCUCUAGGAAUCUUUCCCCACCAACCUUAUCGAUUCCACGGCUUCGGAUACCCACAAUGUCCCCAGAACAGACCCCGUUGUCUCUAAAGUCCCCAGGGUACCUGACACCUCCAAGCCGCUCAAGCCCUAUCUGGCCCCCGGUCUAUCAUACCCCCCGGGGCCCUAUCACGCUCAACAUACCUCUCAUCCCCCGAGCACCUCAGAUGUCCCGAACACUUCCAAUGCCCCAGCUCCCUUUCUUGCCGCAGACCACGCUGAGGCCACAGAGCCCUCGACCUCCACCGAAUCCUUUUCUGCAUUCACCUUCUUUGGUGCCCCUUUCUGUUGAUGAUGCUGCGGAGAAUUCUCCUUCUGAGCAUGCUUCCCAGGCCAAUCUCAAGCUCGGUGACGCAGGAAACAACGUUUCUUCGCAUGAUGCGACGACUCAGGGCACCCAAGGUCCCGUCAAUGACGACAAAAACUCGGCAGGUAGUGACAAUACGGUGGUUAGCUCUCCCGCUGAAGGAGCCGUCGACACAUUCACCCCCGCAAGUGCCGACAACAGCUCGGCAUCUUCAUCUGCUUUGUUGGAGAGCUGUCCCUCCGGGAACCAUCACUCCGCCAUCACGCCCGGAACUUCUCGUGGUGAAAAGCGCGCUGCACCGGAUGAUAAGUACGACUUACCAUUCAACCACGCUACAUUUGAUCGCAUCGGCACAUUUGAUGAGGUACUUCGCCUAGUUGUCUCCUAUUUAUUGGACUGCAAGACAAUAUCACAGUUUCAAUUCGAUGCUUACACCUUUCGCAUGAACAAAACCCAGCAAUACCACUUGAGGUGGUGGGCCCUGGCACUCAUGCCAGACUUUCCCAAAGCGUGGAAAAUGCACCUCUUCCCAGACUGCCGUGGCAAGCCUUUUGAAGGCACCACCAUGUGUGUCCACUCAGUGGUUGAGCUGCCCAAGGACGACGUCCAAUGGGAUUCUGUGGUGUGUCAAAAUUGGUACGGUCGAACUUGUCCAAGACACACCUUGAGACCGGAAGAGCCAGCAGCGUCAGAGAAGACCGUGUGGUGCUUGUUGGAAUGGCCUGAGUGUGUUGGUGAGGGAGCUGGACCUUGUACGAAGGUCAUCGAGUGCGCAGCGAGUGACGCGCCUUCGGAAACUUUCAGACUCUUCGCAUUCCCCGGUGCCUGUGACGAGCACGGAGCCAGCUAUUUUAGGGACCGCCGUGGAGAGUGGAAGGAACGGACAAGUGUAUGCAGCCUAAAAUGAGCCACAUGUAGGCGACAGGACUGGGUUAUGAUGUGUUGUGGCGAUGCCGACUUCCAUUCCUGCCAACUCCUUCGAGACAGUCGCCCACCGGCAAGGCCCUCCACGUCGACGGGGCACAUUCUUCGAUCAGGAGGCUUUUGUCAUCCGUCUUUUUUGCUGAUUGUACUACCAAUGGCGCCUCUAUAGCCACAUUUAUACCGGAAACAUAAGGGCACCUGCGAGUCAUUGGAAACAGAUCCCACCCAAAAAGGAAAAAAAAAAAAACACAAAAACAUAGCAUCACUGAGAAGAACUGUUCUCGAUAAUCUGAUCGAGACAAAAAGAGGAAAAUUCGUGGUCGCUUUCUCUCGAUAAAUCCCAGAUAAUCACACCACACUGGACCUGCGUCUUGCUUUUUAUCCAUGUUUCAUGUCCUGCCAAUGCCAGAGGAAUGGGUGGAGGCCCACGGUCCUUUUGUCAAUGCAUCAUGCUAGUGCUUGAGUGCAACAAGUUAUGAGAUUGCCGGAAUACUACUGUUUACUGGUUCGACCGUGGAAUGGGAUGACACGGUGGGCGGCUUUCCUUGUCAGUUGACGAUGCAACCCGCUUUCUUGUUCUGGGGCCUGUGUGACAGCAACACAGCACAGGCGACACUUUCUUUGACACGUAGCAAAAAGUUGAUAUCCCU